GUUACAUGAAAAUGUGUUUUGAAGAGUCAAAAUUGAAAUUGCAACAAAUCUUAAUAAAAUGCAAAGAUAAGUGCAUCGAUCCGAAAGCAUUUAGUUGUGUGCAGAAGUUUAUAAGUGAAAAUGAGAAUGAAAGUGGGAGUGCUGUCAAAAGGUGGAAGCUAUUCAAAUUUUGCUUGAUAUUUGCUCUACUGGCAUAUGGAUAUAAUUACUUCUUCAAUGAGUUAUCGUCAAAGCGUUGCCUAUUGGAGUUGCCUCGUGCACUUCGCUACGCCCUUCGACCACCCGAAGAUUGCGCCUUUUGCGAGAACAUUGAGAGCGCAGUGCGCUUACGCGGCGUCACAAGUGAGGAAUUCGCAUCGAAAUAUGCCUACACUGGAGGACCAGUUAUAGUCGAGGAUGCAACUACGAAUUGGACAGCGCCAACGAAAUUCGACUAUUGGUACUUUCGCGAUAUCUACAGGAAUGCAAAACGCAAACAAAAAAUUCUCGAUUGCCAAUUUUUACCCUACAAAACAGGCUUCAGGGAUAUUUUUAAAGCUUUAGAUAUGCCGAAGGAGCGAGUAGAAUUACAGCCCGGUAACAAACCAUGGUACUUUGGCUGGAGUAAUUGUAAUCCGGAGACAGCAGAGGAGUUGCGCAGGCAUUAUGGACGUCCUUACUUUCUGCCACCCACAUCCGAAAAUAAUGCAGUCGAUUGGUUCUUCAUUGGCACAGCCGGACUGGGCGCGCAUAUGCAUAUCGACAAUGUACGCCUACCUUCGUGGCAGGCGCAGCUGUCGGGCAGUAAGCGUUGGUUACUUGCACCGCCACCGGAAUGCUAUUUCAGAUGCAAACGCUUCGAUACCAUUGUGCGCAGGGGUGAUAUAAUUGUUUUGGACACCAACAAAUGGUAUCACCAGACAUUUGUGCAGCCGGGAGAAGUUAGUCUUACCAUUGGUGCCGAGUAUGACUAAGAGUGCUCUUGAGGUCGCAUAAUCAAAGCAAAAUAUAUUUAGCAAUCAAUAUUCUUGC